AGAAAAAAAAAAAGAAAAACCAUGCUGCUCUGGACCAGAAUCGUAUUGGUCGCUCUCAUCUGCUUGUCCUUGGUGUCCUCCGGGAUGGGAUGCGGGCCGGGCAGGGGCUACGGCAGGAGAAGACACCCGAAGAAGCUGACACCUCUGGCGUACAAGCAGUUCAUCCCCAACGUGGCGGAGAAGACCCUCGGGGCAAGCGGUAGAUACGAAGGCAAGAUCACCAGAAACUCCGAGCGAUUUAAAGAGCUGACUCCCAAUUAUAACACAGACAUCAUAUUCAAGGAUGAGGAGAACACCGGUGCCGACAGGCUGAUGACUCAGAGAUGUAAAGACAAGUUGAACUCUCUGGCCAUCUCGGUGAUGAACCAGUGGCCCGGGGUGAAGCUGCGGGUCACCGAGGGAUGGGACGAGGACGGCCACCACUUCGAGGAGUCGCUCCACUACGAGGGCCGGGCCGUGGACAUCACCACCUCGGACAGAGACAAGAGCAAAUACGGUACUCUGUCCAGGCUGGCGGUGGAAGCCGGAUUCGACUGGGUCUACUAUGAAUCCAAAGCCCACAUCCACUGCUCUGUGAAAGCAGAAAACUCGGUGGCAGCAAAGUCAGGCGGCUGCUUCCCGGGCUCCUCCACCGUCACCCUGCAGGAUGGCACCAAGAAGGCGGUCAAACACCUCCGGACCGGCGACAGGGUCCUGGCAGCGGACCACGACGGGAACCCGAUCUACACCGACUUCAUCAUGUUCAUCGACCAAGACUCGACGACGAGGAGGCUCUUCUACGUGAUCGAAACCGACUCGGGCCAGAAGAUCACCCUCACCGCCGCGCACCUCCUCUUCGUCGGCCACAACACCACCACCACGGAGGAGGAUGAGGAGGAGGAGGAAGAGGAGGAUGAGGAUGAGCAGAUGUCGGCGGUCUUCGCCAGCAAAGUCCGAUCCGGACAGAAGGUGUUCGUGUUCGAUUCCGAGCGAAGUCGACUCGAGCCCGUGACCGUGAAACGGAUUUACACGACCGAGCACGAGGGCUCCUUUGCGCCGGUGACCAUGCAGGGGACCGUGGUGGUGGAUCAGGUCCUCGCGUCCUGUUACGCAGUGAUCGAAGACCACGACCUGGCUCACUGGGCCCUCGCGCCCGUCAGGCUCGCCCACUGGGUGUCAUCGUUGCUUUUCAGUCCCCAGCCUCGAGCCAGUGCGCAGGACGACGGGGUGCACUGGUACUCCGAGAUCCUUUAUCGAGUAGGAACAUGGCUCCUGGACAGCCACUCGAUCCAUCCACUGGGGAUGUCAGUGUACUCAAGUUGA